AUGGAACCAUAUCACUACCAGCAAGCCGUGUAUGACCCACGCGGUUUCCCCAUGAUCCACCCGCAGCCCUACCUCCACCACCCGGCGGCGGCCGGCGCCCUCAGCGACACCAGGGUGCGCGGCGGCGGGGGCGGCGGCGGCGUGCGGCGGCGCCCGGGGGCCAAGCUCUCGACGGACCCGCAGAGCGUGGCGGCGCGCGAGCGGCGGCACCGGAUCAGCGACCGCUUCCGCGUGCUCCGCAGCCUCGUCCCCGGCGGCAGCAAGAUGGACACGGUGUCCAUGCUGGAGCAGGCCAUCCACUACGUCAAGUUCCUCAAGGCGCAGGUCAGCCUGCACCAGGCCGCGCUCAUGCAGCACGAGGAAGGAUGCCCUGCGGAGCUCGCCGCCGCGUACUCCGCCGUGGCCGGUGCCGGCGAGUUGACGCUCGCAUCAAGCUGCAGGGCCGCCGCAUGCGAGGAGGUGGUGAUGCAGCUCCAGCAGGUCCCGCUGCAGGAAGCGAUGAGCUACGACGUCAGUGCUCCUCGGCUGCACGGGCUCGACCCAGGGCCGCAGAUGAGUGGUGGGCACGAGCUGCCUCCGCUGCCUUCUUGCGUCUUCGUCGAGGAGCCUGCGGCCUGCUACUCUGCGUGUGACCUCGACGAGGGGGAGACUGAUCUGCACGGAUCUUAUUAG